AUGUAUCCCAUAUUUAUAUUAUGUUUGUCGUCAAGAUCAAUUCAACGUGAUAAUGUUGUAAGCCUUAGCACACGCUUUCUUGCUCGCUCGUUUUCCCCUCUGUAUUCCCUCUCUCUCUCUCUCUCUCUCUCUCUCUCUCUCUCUCUCUCUCUCUCUCUUUCUCUCUCUCUCAAUUUAACAACUUUCCGGAUUUUUGCUUUGCUUUUCUUUCUUUCUUCUUUCUUUCUUUGCUUUCCGUAUAAUUGCAUUAUUUUCUUUCUUUCUUUCUUUCUUUCUUUCUUUCUUUCUUUCUUUUUCUUUCUUUCUUUGCUUUCCUGUUACAAGCAUUAUUUUUUUUCUUUUAUUCUUUCUUUCUUCUUUCUAUACUUGCAUUAUACACUGUCUUUUUUCGAUCUUUCUUUCUUUCUUUCUUUUUCUUUCUUUCUUUCUUUCUUUGCUUUCCGGGUACUUCCAUUAUUUUCUUUCUUUUUUCUUUCUUUGUUUUUUUCUUUUUUUCUUUCUUUGUUUUCCUUAUACUUGCAUUACUUUUUAAUUAUUUCUUUCUUUCUUCUUCCUUUCUUUCUUUUUUUCUUUCUUUUUUCUUUCUUUCUUUGCUUUCCGGACACUUUCAUUUUCUUUCUUUCUUUCUUUCUUUCUUUCUUUCUUUCUUUCUUUCUUUCUUUCUUUCUUUUACUAGAUUUACAUUGCUUUCUUUUUCCCUUUUCCUUCUUUCUUUACUUUCUGGAUAUUUGA